AUCAUCCACGUGUACGGUCAACUAAGGCCGGCUUUACUUGGCGGUUCACGUCAGGUUCUGAGUUGCUGGUGACUCACGCGAACAAAAUAAAAAAAUGAGUUGCUAGAGACUCACGCGAACAAACUAAUAAAAUUACCAAAAUAACCACGUUUCAAAACGCGCAAACCACGCCUCAACAAAUCAAUCCCUUAUCAACUUCAACUGUCCACCCAAUUAAUCUCCAAAUCCAUUGAAUAUCGCUUUUCCUUUUAUCCCUAUUCCACCUUUUCCCUUACCUUAGGGUUCCACAUUCAUUCAAUUUGAUUUUGCAUCAUUUUGAUUAGGGUUACAUAACCCCAGAUUUUCUUCUUGUUGUUGUUAACAAUGCCGCCAUUUUUGUCGACCUCGAAAGCUCUUCGAUCCUUAGCGACACGCAAAAGUGGAUUCAAUCAAUUGAUUAGGUCUAGCGAGAGCGUCGAGAGAUUCGAUGGAUGUCGAUGCUUUUCCACCAUUGUUUCCAGAGACACUCAUCAGAUUUUGCCCUUCGGUUCCAGCAUUAGGUUUUCCACCUUUUCGAGAAAUUUUGAUCAUAACAGCUUUAAUUCUAUUCAAUCGAGGCGGUUUAUUGGACUUGGUGGAGAUGGUGCAGAAAGUGUUCUCUCCAAAACUUACGAGGAGAAGCGCGUUUUGGGGUACUCUCCGGAGCAAUUAUUUGAUGUUGUUGCUGCUGUUGAUUUUUAUCAUGGGUUUGUCCCGUGGUGUCAAAGGUCCGAGAUUGUUAAGCGCAAUCCAGAUGGAUCAUUUGAUGCUGAGUUGGAGAUUGGAUUCAAGUUUCUAGUUGAAAGUUAUGUUUCUCAUGUUGAAUUGGACAGACCAAAUCGAAUAAAGACAACGGUGUCAAAGAGUACCCUAUUUGACCAUUUGAUAAACCUAUGGGAAUUUAGUCCUGGUCCAGUUCCAGGAACUUGCAAUCUCUAUUUUUUGGUUGACUUUAAGUUUCAGUCCCCACUUUACUCACAGGUUGCCUCAAUGUUCUUUAAGGAGGUGGCGUCUAGGAUGGUUGGUUCAUUCACUGAGCGUUGCCGCUUGAUAUAUGGACCAGAAGUGCGGGUCCUGGAGAACUCGUAUGGACAAAGGACAUGAAUUAUUUUUUCUCUGCAAUUAGUUUCUUGGCUUGAACAUAGUUAAGGUCGAUUUACAGUUUCUGCGUUAAUUGGGUGGGUCUUUUUAUGGUUUGCCGGCGCAAUACUGAAUGAUUAACCAUCUCUCAUUCUAUUCUUUAGUGAUCUUUGUAAUUUAUUUAGACGGAUUCUACAAUGUACUCUUUACCAUCUUGAAAGACAUCAAAUUGACAUAUUUUUUACUUACA